UGUUCAGGGUUCUCUGCCCAUGAACGAUUUACAAUGAGGGAAAAUCUUAGACAACGUCUUCUGUCACAUGUUAAGUUCAACAAGUUCCCCCCACCUACAAAGUACGUAGCCGGUUGGCCUUUACAACUCUGGGAAGCUCUGAUUGCGCAUAUAGAUGCUAAGACCUUAUUGUAUUCACUGUACCAUGGUGGAACGUAUAAUGUCAGGGCAUUUAGUAGUCUUGUUGGUGAAACGUUUUUCUCCGAACUGGUUUUACAUGACAAAACUGGUUGUGGAACAGUGACGGCAGCCGAAUUUGGUCGAUUUAUCGGGGCUGCAUCGGAGCAGCUUCACGUUCGACAUGAUCCUAAUAAGAAAUUUGUGUACAGAACAGGUCAAUCACAUGUUUAUGAACUGUCCGGGUCAGAGGUCACCACAAGCGAUUCUUCGUUCGAAAACGAUGUAUGCAGUGCAUGCCUUCCGAUGGUUCAAGUCUCGAAAAUUACACUUAAGAAUCACGAGUUCGAUAAACGACAGGUUAGGACCUCCAAACGCAAGCUAGAGACUGUUUCAACCAAUCGCAAUGCAACCCAGAAAGGAACGCUCGGUGUUAGAUACGAACGUGCACGUCGAAAUGAUAGCAAAAUGUUGUUAACUUCUAGAAUGGGCAUUGGUGAAUAAAGAGUGUCUUGUAUGAUUUAUAAACGUUAUGAAAGUUAUAUGAGAGAACGCUUUAUUUUUGAUUUUUAUUGGUCUUUAAUGUAAAUAAUUGCACAAUAAUUGGGAUUAACAAAAGUGAGAUCAACAAGUAUAAUCACAGAC